AUGUCGUACAACGAUCCCAACCCCGAGCAAGCACCGCCCAUCGGCUUACCGAAGGGCUCGACAGCAUGCGAAGUCUCCAUCAUCAACACCACAUGCGACCUCGUGGUUCCGCCUGGUACCCUGAUUGAACCUCACAUUGAUGGGCACGAAUGGCUGAAUCUACCCACGUACUCGUUCCUCAUCACUCAUCCAUCUGGAGCUCAGGUGCUCUUUGACUUGGGCUGCAGGAAAGACUGGGAGAAUCUGGUGCCCGAGGUCAAAGAAGUUGUUUCUCAGCGAGUUCCGGGAUUCAAAGUCCAGAUGGAAGUGCCAGACAUCCUCCGUGCCGGCGGCGUCAACGUCGACAAGCUCAAGGCCCUGAUCUUGAGCCAUUGGCAUUUCGAUCACUGUGGCAAUAUCUCUCGGCUCCAUCCUUCGACGGAUCUCAUCGUGGGACCAGGCUUUAAAGCUGCAUUCGAGCCGGGCUUUCCCCAAAAAGCUACAUCUGUGUUUUACGAAGAAGACUUCCAAGGCAGGAAUGUGAUAGAGCCAUCCUUUAGUGAUGGACUGCUCUUGGGUCGAUAUCAAGCACAUGAUUACUUUUCCGAUGGAUCUCUAUAUAUCCUGAACGUACCUGGACACACUACGGGUCAUAUAUCGGCGCUGGUCCGAACCAGUCCAGAUACGGCCAUCUUCAUGGGUGGUGAUGUCUGUCAUUUCCCAGGUGUGAUCCGACCUUCCAGUUUCAUGCCAAUGCCCGAUCCCCUACCCAAGGAAACCGUCCUCGACUCUCGUUUCCACCAUCCAUGUCCAUGUAUUACCUUCACCGCGUGCCAUCCGAAUCCAGCAGAAAGCCGCACGACACCAUUCUACUGCUGCUCGUCAGACAAGUCUCGAUCGUGGUACGAAGAUCCUCCCACUGCCAUGGAGUCAAUUCACAAGCUUCUCGACUUUGAUGCUGAUCCGAACGUGCUCGUUCUGAUUGCACACGAUGCUGCACCGUUGGAUGUAUUGCCAUUCUUCCCGGAUGGGAAUAUCAACGAUUGGCAGCAGAAGGGAUAUAAGCAGAAAAUGCAUUGGCACUUUGUGAAUGAGUUGCCCGUUGAUGGCAAGGCGGGACGGGAGCCUUUGACUGAUGGAUUGUACAUUGGCGGGAAGAGGAUGAAGACGUUGGAUGGCGAGGCUGUGUAG